CUAUAUUUAUGGUAUAAAUCUACCCAAACCAAGUGCAUUGUGCGCCAUGUCGACUGCUUCCAUCAACGGUUGCUGCCUUUCAUCAAUCCGCUCUGCAGCCCAGUCUUCUGCCAGGAAAGCUACAUUGCGUCCUUCUGUGUUCGCCCGGGUUAACUCCUCCGCCUCUCCUCCUCCUCCCCCUUCCCUCAUCCAGAACAAGCCUGUUUUCGCCGCCCCUGCUCCCAUCAUCACCCCUUCUUGGAGAGAAGACAUGGGAAAGGACUCGUACGAGGAGGCUAUUGAAGGUCUCAAGAAACUUCUCAGUGAGAAGGGGGACUUGAAAGCUGUUGCUGCUGCAAAAGUGGAGCAGAUAACUGCAGAGUUACAGACUCCAGCUCCUGACGGCAAAUUUGACCCGGUUGAGAGGAUCAAAACUGGUUUCAUUAAGUACAAGAAAGAGAAAUACGACACUAACCCGACUUUGCAUGGAGAACUUGCCAAAGGCCAAAGUCCGAAGUUUAUGGUGUUUGCAUGCUCGGACUCCCGGGUCUGCCCAUCACAUGUGUUGGAUUUCCAACCAGGAGAUGCUUUUAUGGUCCGCAAUGUUGCGAACUUGGUUCCACCCUAUGAUCAGACAAGAUACUCUGGAGUUGGGGCUGCGAUUGAAUACGCAGUUCUGCAUCUCAAGGUGGAAUACAUUGUGGUGAUUGGGCACAGCGCUUGUGGUGGAAUCAAGGGGCUUUUAUCCUUCCCAGAUACUGGACCCCACACUACUGAUUUCAUAGAAGACUGGGUCAAAAUUGCUUUGCCUGCCAAGGCCAAGGUGAAAGCAGAAUUUGGUGAUGCACCUUUUCCAGAACUAUGUGGACAUUGUGAAAAGGAAGCAGUGAAUGUAUCCAUUGGAAACCUGCUAACCUAUCCAUUUGUAAGAGACGGGUUGGUGAAGAAGACUCUGGCAUUGAAGGGCGGUUACUACAACUUCGUUAAAGGAACCUUUGAGCUCUGGGGGCUUGAGUUUAACCUUUCUCCUUCUCUCUCCGUAAAAGAUGUGGCCACGAUACUGCAUUGGAAGCUCUAGGGCAUGCUUAGAGGUCAAUAUUCCCUGCAAAGAUGAGGCUCUUCUUUCAUGUUAUCUAAUAACUU